GAUGUGCUCAAAGAGGAAGGAAUUUCAGUAAUAAUGCUGAGUGCAAUUCGUCGAUUGGCAUGCCGAGCUGGCUCAAGACGUGCGCUGUCCGUCUGUAGUGGCAAUCGCUUUGCGGUGAGUAGAACUUCGCAAACGGCACAAUACAAAGUGAUCGACCAUGCCUAUGAUGUGGUUAUCGUUGGUGCAGGUGGUGCCGGAUUGCGUGCAGCGAUGGGUCUUGGUGAGGCUGGUUACAAGACUGCGGUCGUCACGAAGAUGUUCCCGACAAGAUCGCAUACGACAGCCGCACAAGGCGGCAUCAACGCCGCGCUCGGGAGUAUGAAUCCGGAUGAUUGGAAAUGGCAUUUCUAUGACACCGUCAAAGGCAGUGACUGGUUAGGCGAUCAAAAUGCGCAACAUUAUCUGACACGUAACGCUUGUGAAGUUGUGAUCGAACUGGAAAAUUUCGGAAUGCCAUUUUCGAGAACGGCCGAUGGGAAAAUUUAUCAGCGGCCUUUUGGGGGACAAAGUAACGAUUAUGGACGAGGUGGUGUUGCGAAGCGGUUAGUCAGUUAUGAUUGCUUACAUAUCCAUAUCGAACGUGUAUCGCAGCACUGCAUUCCGGAGUUUUCAUUUUAG